CUUUAUAAAUCUCCCUAUUUGCUAAAAUCAUACCAAUUUAUCUUUCCAUAUUUUAGAUGAAAAUUAAGAAAAUAAAUUGUGCUGCUACCACACGCUUAAACAAGAUGACACGAUAAAAACGUAAUGGGUUGCUUGUGGACAAUUCUUUCUGAUAAAAUUUUGCACCUGGCAGGCUUGUUUUGUGGGAGCUUUCAAAUAGUUUCAAGCGCCUUCUAUAGGACGCCUGGCGAAGCUACGUAGCACACAUCGGCAACCAGGCUAGUUCAUUAGUUGUAAUUCUGCCUGAAGUCGCGAAAGCGUGAGCUCGGGGGAUAAGAGAUGUGGUGGCAAUUGACUGUUGCUGUAUCACAUUAAAGUCUGAGUAAAUAUCCUAAAUAAGAUCAUUUCCCCAGAAAGUGUAACCCGGUAUUAUCGACAGUAGUAGAUUUGAAAUAGUUACCGCUUUUUAAAAUUGGAUUUCAGUGAAGAAUUAGCCUAUGGAGAAACUGUGGGUCUCCACAUGAAUGAUUCACCUACUUUUCGAACGAAGGCUGAAACCAACAAAGGCACAUUAACCAUCUGAAGCAGGACAGCAUGGCCAAGAUGAGACUCAGCCUGUUCAUGUGGGAGAUGAGCUUGGCCAUCAUUCUCUUCUCUUCUGAUGUCCAGACGGAAGCAAGCCAGUCACAAAGUGUCUACUUCCUUCCCGAAUUCGCACUGUCUCCACAGGGGAGCUUCCUAGAGGACACGACUGGGGAGCAGUUCCUAACCUUCCGCUAUGAUGAUCAGGCAUCCAGGACCACACGCUCGGAUGAGGACAGGGACAUUGGCUGGGAUGCCUGGGGCACCUGGAGUGACUGCUCUCGUACAUGUGGGGGCGGAGCUUCCUAUUCACUACGCCGUUGUCUGAAUGGAGGGAACUGUGAUGGUAGAAACAUUCGGUACAGAACAUGCAGUAACCGGGAUUGCCCGGUGGAGGCCGGGGACUUCAGGGCCCAGCAGUGCUCGGCCCACAACGAUGUUAAGUACCAGGGGCACACCUACGAGUGGGUCCCUGUGACCCACGAUCCCACUGCCCCAUGCGCCCUCAAAUGCCAGGCACGGGGCAAGAGCUUGGUGGUGGAGCUGGCGCCCAAAGUGCUGGACGGCACACGCUGCAAGACGGACUCCCUGGACAUGUGCAUCAGCGGCAUCUGCCAGGAGGUGGGAUGUGAUCGGCAACUCGGGAGCCACGCCAAGGAGGACAACUGCGGCGUCUGCGCGGGGGACGGCUCCACUUGCCGGCUGGUGCGGGGACAGACCCCGUCACACGUCUCUCCUGAAGAAUCUGUGAAGACUGUGAUCGAAGUGCCCCUGGGAAGCCGUAGCAUGAGAAUCACAGCAAAGGGUCCCAAUGCCAUCUUACUGGAGUCACACACUCUUCAGGGGCGCAAAGAGGAACAUAGCUUCAGCUCACCAGGCCAGUACAUCAUAGAGAACACCACUGUGGAUUUCCAGAGAGGAUCGGAUAGACAGACGUUACGGGCCCACGGACCCCUGACUGCAGACUUCAUCUUCAAGGUAAAGUAUGUGUCUGCCCAGGACACUCUGGUUCAGUUCACGUUCUACCAGCCCAUCCGGUACCAGUGGAGGGAGACAGACUUCUUCCCCUGCACCGUCACCUGUGGAGGAGGGUACCAGCUCAAUUCAGCCGAGUGUACGGACAUCCGCUUCAACCGCGUGUUGCCGGACCACCACUGCCGCAAUUAUCCCGAGAACAAGAAGCCCAAACCCAAACUGAAGGAGUGCAACAUGGACCCAUGCCCUGAAAGUGAUGGCUUCAAAGAGGUGAUGCCGUAUGACCACUUUCAGCCACUUCCACGCUGGGAGCACAAUCCGUGGACCUUGUGCUCAGUGUCGUGCGGGGGGGGCAGCCAGGAGAGGAGCGUGAUGUGCGUGGAGGAGGACGUGCACGGCCAGAUCUCUCAGGUGGAGGAGUGGAAGUGCACGUACUCCCCUCGCCCCGAGGUGCAGCAGAGCUGCAACACUUUCGACUGCCCUCAGUGGAUGGCCAUGGAGUGGUCUCAGUGCACAGUUACCUGUGGCCGUGGCUUGCGUUACAGAGUGGUUCUGUGCAUUGAUCACAGAGGGCAGCACACCGGAGGGUGCAACGCAGGGCUGAAGCCUCACAUUAAGGAAGACUGCCUGGUGCCCGUUGCAUGCUUCAAGCCUCAAGAAAAACCUCCUGUGGAAGCAAAGCUGCCGUGGUUAAAACAAGCCCAUGAACUGGAGGAGCCAAGAGCUGCUUCGGAGGAGCCAACGUUUAUCCCCGGGCCGUGGUCGCCCUGCAGCGCCACCUGUGGGCCGGGUCACCAGAGUCGCGAGGUGAAGUGCAGGGUACUUCUGACCUUCUCGCAGACGGAGGUGGACCUGCCGGACGAGGAGUGCGGGGCAGAGAGGCCUUUGUCUGAGAGGGCCUGUACCCCCCGGCCCUGUGGGGGGGCCCCAGCCCUCCGCCCGCCCCUCGGACCUGAGCGCCAGGGCGAGCAGCGCUACAGCUGGGAGUACGCAGGCUUCACUGCCUGCUCUGCAUCCUGUGCAUCCGGGAAACAAGAAGCUGCUGUGAAAUGCCUGGACAGCGAGAGGCGGGAGGAGGUGGAUGGUGGUCUCUGCGACCAAUCAAGCCGGCUGCCCACGAUGAUGCGAAUCUGCAACUCCCAUCCCUGUCCCCCAAGGUGGGAGUUCACCCCGUGGACCCAGUGCUCAGCAACGUGUGGGGUGGGCAUCCAGACCAGAAGCGUCUUCUGCACUCAACUGCUGUCCUUCGACCUGGGGGACACCGCCUCCGUGCCCGACGGGAUGUGCCAGGAAUUCAGGCCGCCUAUUCUCAGAGCCUGCAACCAGGUGGACUGUCCCCCGACCUGGCAAGCUGAGGAGUGGCAGCAGUGCUCUCACACUUGCGGAGGAGGGACACAGUCACGCAAGGUCCACUGCAAGCAGCUGCUCUCAAAUGGUGACUUCAGAAAAGUCACGGACGAGUCCUGUCAAGAGGUCAAGCCUGCGGCUCACAAGCCCUGUGCCCGAACAGAUUGCCCCCCUCAGUUGGUGGGAGGAGAAUGGUCAAUGUGCUCUGUGACCUGCGGGACGGGGAUCCAGAAGAGGGAGCCAGUGUGCCGCAGGCUGACCUCCGGUGGGCAGCUGGUCACUCUGGGUGAGGAGGCCUGUGACGGUCUCCCCCCUCCGCCCAUCAUCAGAAGCUGCCGCCUGAACGCCUGCUCUAAGCACAAGAAAGAAAAGAAACCGAAGCAGUCAACAAGACGCGGCCCUCAGAUCCUGGGCCUCCACCGCAUCUACAUCCAGACCCGGCAGGAGAAACGCAUCCACUUCACCAUCGGGGGGCGUGCCUACCUGCUUCCAAAGACCUCCGUGGUCAUCAAGUGCCCAGUGCGGAGGUUCCAAAAGAUGAAUAUCAGCUGGGAGAAGGACGGCCAGGCCCUGUCCAAUUGCAAACGCCUGGGUAUCACCAAGUCCGGCUCCCUGAAGAUCCAUGGCCUGGAGGCCACCGACAUUGGGGUGUAUCGCUGCGUGGCUGGCCCAGCUGCAGAGACCUUCAUUCUGAAGCUCAUUGGGAACGACAACCGGCUCAUUGAGCCGCCGGAGGGGCAGGGCCUCAAGGUGGGGCACGGCAGUGGGCUGGCUAAGCUGGACCUGAACGAGGCCAGCCGCCUGGAAGAGAAGUGGAACCGGAUGAGCAAGAUGUGGCAGAACUGGAGUCAAAAGAAUGAAUUCUCUCUGGAUGACAGCCAGGCCCAAGACAGGGCCUUUCUACAGGUCCUCGGCAACUACCUGAUGAGCUCAGUGCAGCCAAGCCACUCCCUGCCGUUGCCGGAGAAACACCUGGAGGCCGCGAUUCUUCAAGGUGCUUACAGUCUGGAUCCUGGGCAGUUUGAGGAGCUGGUGAGGAACAUCAGCCAGCUGGCUGAGAAUGGGGGGGUGGAUGAUGACCUGGCCUCCAGGCUCAUCCACAAAUUGCUGGCAGAGAUGUUUGGGCCCGAAGCUGCCUCAGAGAAAUGGAAAGACACCGAGGAGGAAAAAUCUCUGAAAGGCAAGCUCCUUGAUAAGAUACCCAAUUCAUCAGAGCGUGUGAUUGAAAAAGACCCAGGCGGAGGGGGGAAGCCUGCUAUCAUCCGACACAAGCUGAACCCUCUGAUGACCUUCCAGAAAAGCAUCAAUAUAAGCAUAGGGAGAAGCGCCUUCCUGACCAGUGCCACAAAGAGCGUGUUUCUGCUGUGUGCAGCCCAGGGUAUGCCGAGACCACUGCUUUCCUGGGCCAAGGAUGGAAAGCCACUACAAUUUACAGAAAGGGUGUCAUUGGACGGCGCUGGAGGACUGCGCAUCUCUGACCCCGGUGUGGGAGACAUGGGUGUCUACAGCUGCACGGCCACAAACGAGCUCGGGUCCGACACCGAGAGCUCCCAGCUGCUGCAGGCUGAACCACCGAAGAUUGGGGCCUCUGGGAGGAACGUGUCAGAUCUGGAGGGCAGCACACUGAAGGCUGUGGUUGGGGGCAGGAUCAAUGUUCGGCUUGGAGCCAACGUUACUCUGGAGUGUCCCGUGGAAGGUGUCCCCCUGCCAGUGGUAACCUGGCAUAAGAAGGAAGGCCAGAUGACUGCAAAUGCUCUCCCUCUGCUCAGCGGUUCCUUGUUGCUCCACAACGUUUCGGCCGAGAACUACGGGACGUACUCGUGUGUGGCCUCCAAUCCUUUUGGAAAGUCUCUGGCCUCCGUCGUCCUCCACGUAUCCGCAGGAAACGCCCUGGGCAGGUCUGUGGAUCGGACCGCAAGCAGAAAGAGAGUACUGAUGGCCUCCCGCACGGGCACCAGCGUCACCAUCAGGCCCGGGGACAUCCUGCGCAUAGGCUGUCCUGUGCUUCCCGGCCACAGAGACCCGGUGAAGUGGUACUUCCAGAACCAGACCGCUGAGGCGGCCCCGGGUCCGCAGCACAGGGCUCUGGCCGGAGGACGGGUUCUGGAGGUGAACACACUCCUCGGCCGGUUCAACGGCAGCUACAGAUGCCAGACGUCCUCCGGCUCGCAGCCCGUGUCCGCCUGGGUCAACGUCAGCCUCGAAGAGCACGCGUGGAGUUUGGGUGACUGGACGGCGUGCAGCUCCAGCUGCGGAAACCGAGGCACUCAGUCCAGGAGGGUGCGCUGCGUCAGCCCCGCGGGACAGGAAGUGGCCCCGUCAUCGUGUCACCACCUCCCCAGGCCCGCCUCCAGACCUCAGCCCUGCAAUGUGCAAGACUGCCCAGCCAGCUGGGUCUCCACCGCGUGGUCCAAGUGCUCCACCUCCUGUGGGCGGGGCUCUCGGCAGAGAAAGGUCUACUGUCAGCAGCUGGAGGCAACGGGCGUGGUGAAGGUGCUGCCGCUGUCUGCCUGCAGGAGGGAGAUGAGGCCCACAGACAGGGAGGAGUGCCAGUCAGACACCUGUGCAGACUGGCAGGCCAGCCCCUGGGGACCGUGCUCUGGGCGAUGUCUUGGCCCCGCCCUAACAGUGCAGAGCAGACCAGUGGUAUGCAAGCAUCUGAAUGGCUCCACCCUCCCGGAAUCUGGUUGUGAUGAAAGAGACAGGCCCCUGUCUGUGCGAAACUGCUCCUCGGAGAUGUGUGACGUGCAGUGGAAGACCGGGCCCUGGCGAGCGUGCACAGCGGCCUGCGGGAGCGGGUUCCAGUCCCGCAGGGUCGAGUGCGUCCACAGGAGGAACGACAAGACCCUCGCGGACCAGCACUGCGCCUGGCAACGGCGUCCCAUCACCUGGCAACACUGCAGCGUCACCUCCUGUGGCAGUGAAUGCAAGGACACGACUCACUACUGCUCUGUGGUGAAGAGACUCCGUCUCUGCCGCGUGGGUCUGUACAAGCAGAGGUGCUGCCAGUCCUGUGGGGAGGAAGCACCAACCACACAGUGAUUGGAAACAACUGACUGCCCAACU